AUGGCGGACAUGGAGGGCGGCAAGCCUGCUGGAAAGCCGGGCUCGAUUCCACAUAAGCGCCAGGUCAUGGACAAAGCUGGCAUCACGCCAGAAGUCCAGAACUGGAAUUAUGAAGGAAGUGGCACGCAAGAAGACCCUUACGUCGUGGUAUGGAUUGAGAACGACCCACGGAAUCCCAUGCUGUACAGUGAGACGAAGAAAUGGAGCUUAACGGCGCUGGUCGCAAUCGCCACAUUGGCAGUCGCGUUCGUGUCAUCAGCCUACUCUGGAGGUGCGCAGGAAGUCAUCAGAGAGUUUGGCUGCAGCCAGGAAAUCUUCACCCUAGGAAUCAGUCUGUUCGUGCUGGGCUUUGCCAUCGGACCUUUACUGUGGGCACCACUUUCCGAGCUCUUCGGCCGACAGGUCCUCUUCACAACUACCUACCUUGGCCUGACAGCAUUCAAUGCUGGCGCUGCCGGAUCGCAGAACAUCUGGACUCUCAUCAUCCUCCGAUUCUUCGCUGGUGCCAUUGGCUCGAGUCCACUUACGAAUGCUGGAGGUGUGAUCGCUGAUAUGUUCUCCGCAAAGGAGCGCGGUCUUGCCAUGUCCCUCUUCGCGGCCGCACCGUUCAUGGGUCCAGUCUUGGGUCCCAUUGUUGGAGGCUUCGUCGGGGAGACUGUCGGCUGGAGAUGGAUAGAGGGUGUCAUGGCCAUCUUCACCGGCGUUCUUUGGAUCGUCGGUACUCUCUUCAUCCCUGAGACUUACCCGCCAGUAAUCCUUCGUGCGCGUGCAAAGAAGCUUAGCGCCAUGACCGGGAAGGUCUACAAGACGAAAGGCGACAUCGACCAGGGCGAAACUACCAUCGGCGAGGUCUUCAAGACGUCACUUUCGCGGCCAUGGGUGCUUCUGUUCCAGGAGCCUAUCGUCUUCCUGCUAUCCAUCUACAUGGCUAUCAUCUACGGCACGCUGUACAUGUGCUUCGGUGCAUUUCCCAUCGUCUACCAGCAGCUUCGAGGAUGGUCUCCAGGCAUCGGCGGUCUGGCAUUCCUUGGUGUCGCAGUGGGUAUGUUGACCGCAGUCGCAUAUGCUAUCUUCGACAACAAGCGCUACUCCAAGGUCAGCGAUGCAUACGACGGCUUCGCGCCACCAGAGGCUCGCCUUCCACUGUGUAUGGUUGGUUCAAUCGCUGUACCCGUCGGUCUCUUCUGGUUUGCGUGGACGAAUUACCCAUCCAUUCACUGGAGUGUGUCCAUCAUUGCAGGCGCACCCUUCGGCUUUGGCAUGGUGUUGAUCUUCCUCGGCAUCAUGAACUACCUCAUCGACGGCUACACAAUCUUCGCCGCCUCCGUCCUCGCAGCCAACUCCGUCCUGCGAUCACUCUUCGGUGCGGCCUUCCCAUUGUUCACCACUCAGAUGUUCAACAACUUGGGUAUCCACUGGGCUUCGUCGGUCCCAGCGUUCUUGGCCUUGAUCUGUGUACCAUUCCCAUUCUUGUUCUACAAGUAUGGCGCCAAGAUCCGCGAGCGCUGCAAGUACGCCGCUCAGUCUGAGAAGUUCAUGCGCGAGAUGCAGAAGCAACACCAGGACGACGACUCUUCCGAAGACCACCCCACUCCAACGGAUCAGGAUGAGGCCGAAGACGAAGAGGAGACUACCCGUCACCAACACCCAACGGAGCCAGUCGAGGAGGUCGAGCGCCAGAACUCAAUCACCGAGUCCGAGAAGGAAGAAGAGUCAGCAGGCUUCAAGCCCAUCCGCACAACACAGAGCCGCACAACGCUCAACAGGAGGAACUCGCAGGGCUAUAUUGGCAAUCCUUUCGACCUGGAUCGUGUCAAUACCAGAGAGAGCUUCAAGCGAGCGGGAGUUGCGAGGUCAAAUUCGAAGAGUAGCUCGACGAGGACAGGACGGAGCAAGAGAUAG